AUGGCUAAUGGUAUCACGAACCAGUACUCUCUGAUCAUCAAUUCCUUCGGGUUCACCGUUCUUCAAACAACUUUGCUGGGCACGGUGACAGGAAUCGUAUCUUUCUUUUCCCUUGGAUCCGCUGCGAUUGCGCUAUAUCAUACUAAGAAUUGCCGGGCAUGGAUCUCUCUCGUUGCAUACGUCCCGGGUGCAUUGUCCAGCAUACUUCUGCUAGCCCUACCCUGGACAAAUCGAUGGGGUCUCAUCAGUGGAAUCUGGAUCUGUUCCACGGUUGGCAUACCCUAUGCCGUGGUCAUGAUUUGGGCUGCCAAUGCCUCUGCGGGACACACAAAAAAGACCACCGUGAUUGCUCUGUACCAUAUUGGUUAUGGGCUGGGAAAUAUCAUUUCGCCACAGCUUUUCCAACCUCGCUGGAAGCCUCGAUAUCGGCCUACAUGGAUAAUUUUACUUGUGGUCGCCGCAAUUCUUCCUUCGAUUAUCAUUAUAAUCCUUCGAGUGUACCUGAGUCGAGAGAACAAACGCCGCGAUAAACUCGAGGCAACAAACCGGGUGAACGGCACUGGAAUAAUCGAGACGACCGACUCAGAUGGAGGUCUAGUAACACGAGUAGUGGAUAAUAGCCAGAUGGAUCUGACUGAUAGAGAGAACUUGACUUUGUAA